AAUUCGCUGUAGUCAAACAUUUUUAUGAUUGGAAUAAAGUUCGGCAUAAUCUCAUUUAUUUUUCUAUUCUAGUAGUAAUUUUAAUUUCAAACGGUUUACUUUACAAGUAAAAGCAUUGAAAUUUCAGAUUUUUUUUUUUGUUCGGCCAAAAGAAAAUAUUUAGCAUUUAAAAAGAAGCAAUAGGAUUUUUAAAUUUUAAUUUAAUUUUGAGGAAAAAACAAAAAAGAAAAUUAAAAAAAUAUACUUGUGUGUAAAUAAAUAAAAUAUAAUCAUUGAUAAUUAAAAAAAUCAUUAUGAUUUUUAAUUAAUUUUAUUUUUAAAAAACUAAGUAGCUAGUCAAAUUUAAAAUCGCUUCAAUUUGCUAUAAUUUUAUAUUAGUAAAUAUCAAAAUUAAUAAUGAUAUAUGUUGACGAAGACGAUCCAAUAGAGGAUGAUGAUAUUUUAAUUCCAUAUAGAGAUGUUAAGGUGAAACAUAAUGUUGACCCAAAAACUGACUAUGAUAUAAUAAAAGACGAAGAGCUGGGAAGAGGAUCAUAUGGUACAGUAUAUUUAUGUCGUGAAAAAUCAUCAGGUCAUGAAUUCGCAGCCAAAUAUGUUCAUGUUAAAAAUAAAGAGGAAAGGCGCAAUAUGGAAAAUGAAAUUGAUAUUAUGUCCUGUUUGCAUCAUCCCAGAAUAAUUCAAUUAUAUGAUGCGUUUGAUAAUGGCAAAACAAUUUGUGUGAUGUUAGAAUUAAUUUCAGGUGGAGAAUUAUUCGAACGUGUUAUUGAUGAAGAUUUUGUUUUAACAGAGAAAGCAUGUGUUGCUUUUAUGCGACAAAUAUGCGAUGGUGUUGGUUAUAUUCAUAGUCAGAGUAUAAUACAUUUGGAUUUAAAACCAGAAAAUAUUCUUUGUUUAACAAAAACUGGUAAUAGAAUUAAAUUAAUUGAUUUUGGUAUGGCAAGACGUUUUGACCCAGCGAAAAAAUUAAAAGUUUUAUUUGGUACACCUGAAUUUACAGCACCGGAAGUAGUUAAUUUUGAUGAAAUUUCCUUUUAUACUGAUAUGUGGAGUUUAGGAUCAAUAUGUUAUUUAUUAUUAUCUGGAAUUUCUCCAUUUUAUGGUGAUACAGAUUUAGAAUCAAUGACAAAAGUUACUGUAGGAAAAUAUGAUUUUGAUGAUGAAGCCUUUAAUAAUAUAUCACAAGAUGCAAAAGAUUUUAUAAAAUCUUUAUUAGUAAUGGAUGGAAAAAAACGUCUUACAGCAGCACAAUGUCUAGAGCAUACAUGGUUAAAGAAAUCACCAAAACAGACAACAGCUCUAUCAACAACAAAAGCAAAAUUAAAGAAAUUCGUUAUUAGAAAACGGUGGAUAAAAGCAGUUAAUACAAUUAUAGCAUUACAAAAGAUGGGAGCAAAAAUUGAUUUUGAUUUGGUUUAAAAAUUAAAAUAAAAUUUGAUGACAAACAAUAAAUAAAAAAUUAAAUUUUAAAAUAAUAAUUAUAAUAAUUAUUAAAUUUGAAUAAAUUAAAUUGUUUACAAAUG